AUGCUGGUACCAUUACUAGCAGUGGCGAUCGUGUUCACCUACACGACCACCAUGGCCGACGUUCGACGAAAGGCUCCUGGUGCGGAUGAACCAGUCAUCAUAGUUGGUGGAGGAUUGGCAGGACUUUCUGCUACGCUAGAAGCAUUGAAUAGCAAUGCUAAGGUGAUCCUUAUCGAUGGAGAGAAAAAUCUUGGAGGAAACUCGGCUAAAGCCAGUAGUGGGAUGAGCGCAUGCGAAACCGUUGUGCAAGAGCGUUUGGGCAUCAACGAUUCCAGAGCUCUCUUCUUCUCGGACACUAUGAGCGCAGGUGAUCGAGAGAAUGAUGAGGCUUUGGUGGAUCUGUUGGUCAGCUCUUCAUCGGAUGCCGUUGAUUUUCUGUUAGAAAAAGGUGUAGAUCUAAAUGAUGUGAAUCUUUGCGGAGGACACUCCGUACCGAGGACACAUUGGAUACCCCCACCAAAGGAAGGCCGUGCUGUCAACGUUGGAUUCGGAAUAAUUUCAAAGCUCAAAGAGCACAUACUCAACAUCCAGAAGGAAAGACCUGAUGAUGUCAAAAUCAUGACCGAAACACGAGUGGUUGGAUUAACGUCUUGGAAUGCUUAUGUUACCGGUGUGAAUGUGAUAAAGGAUGGAAAACGAUCUGAGGUCAACGGAAAGGCAGUGAUUCUCACGACCGGUGGAUUCAGUGCCGAUAGAAACGAGGAAGCCAGUUUAUUGCAUGAAUUUGCUAGCGAUAAGCUGAGGUUCCCUACCACUAAUGGACCUUGGGCUCGAGGCGAUGGCGUGAAAAUGGCAAGAGCUAUGGGAGCCAAGGUGAUUGGUAUGGAUAGAGUACAAGUGCAUCCCACUGCAUUUGUGGAUCCCGCUGAUCCGGGAGCUGGCACGAAAUUCUUGGCUGCAGAAGCUUUGAGAGGAAAGGGAGCAAUUCUGAUCAACCUUGAUGGAGUUCGCUUUGCUAACGAGCUUGGUCGACGUGAUUAUCUAACUGGUAGAAUUCUGCAGGAUUGCAAACCUAUUACGAAAUUCAAUAACGGCUCCGCUGGUCUGACAUCAGCUAUCAUGAUAAUGAACGAUGAGGCAGUGGAUGGUUUUGGUCGAGCAUCAUUUUCAUUCUAUCACAUUGUCAAGAAGUUCUUCACGAAAUAUGAUACCAUGGAAGCUUUUGCUAACGCUGCCGAUAUUCCGUAUACUAAGCUCAAGCAAACCAUCGAGGAUUAUAACAAGUUUGUAGAGAAGAACAAAGAUGGCAAAAAAGAGAAGGACUCUUUUGGAAAGACGGUAUUCCCUGUAGCUUUUGAUUUGGAUAAGCCAGUGUAUGCGGCCAUAAUCACACCUGCUAUCCAUUAUACCAUGGGCGGUCUGAAGAUUGAUAAACAGGCACGUGUGAUCAACGAGUAUACCACGGCACCAUUCAAAGGAUUGCUUGCAGCCGGAGAAGUUACUGGUGGCGUCCAUGGUGCCAAUCGACUUGCCGGUAACUCUCUUCUUGAAUGUGUGGUGUUCGGAAGAGUCGCUGGACGAAACGCUGCAGCUACGAAUUAUUCUCACGAAGAGUUAUGACGCCAAAUGUUUUGGAUCCUACCGGAUCUCCCUAAUUGGCUCGUUGCAUUGAUGGUUUUUGUUGCUAUUGUUGCGUGUAUCUCAUUCAUUAGAAAAAAGUUCUAUUGGCAAAUAAGGCGCACCAUGAGAAAAUUCUCGCAUGUUCACUAGUAUUUUUCUCGAUUUUACAUAAGCUAUUUUUGUGUUUGCAAAAUUCAACGCAUUGUAUUCAAAGCUUAAUAUAUUUGUUGAGAUUGUUGGGAUGCAGGUGUCGGUGAAGUUGUGCUAAUACGUCACUGGUUUCGUUUCGUGAU